AUGGCAGAUACAGUGAAUGCACACCAAAAGAUUCUUGAAGACCUUUAUCAAAUUUUCCUAAUUGAAGUUACGCCACUAGUGCCUCCAUAUAACGAGGAAGCAAGUAUGGAUAGUAAAUUCGAAACAUUAAGGGAGGCUAUGAGACGCUCAAAAAGAAUGGGUGACAGACGAAUGCAUUUGGUAAAUGCAUUUUUCUUGGGACAAUUUUUGGAAAAGAAAGUAAAAACCAAUGCUUUGCGAAGCCACUACACACAACAACUGACGCUACAUUAUCGUAUCACAUCCCAACGAGUAUACUACCUGUUUGAAGCCUUUGGCGUAAGUCAAAUUAUGAGGACCGUUAAUAUUACCUUAACUUUGGUCAGAAAGUUGAGCCAGGAGGAAUAUCAAGAUCUGGUCAUGAGAUCUUUGGAGAUUUUCAACGGGGUUGAAAAUUAA